CUCUCAAAAAUGCCUUCCUCCUUUCUCUGGGCCUCUGUAUUCCUUAUUUAUCACAAAACCCUCCUAGGGCACACAUGGUAAGAACGCCAAAAAAUGCUAAAGUUUAUAGUUAAUUGCAAUAAUAACGCGAAUGCUGCUUCUAACAUUACGUUUGAUUUAUUUCCUCUCUUUUUUAGGCUUGUUAAUAAUUUGCUCAUGACUGGACCAAAAGCGUAUUUAAGCUACACGAGUAGUGUUCUUGCCGGAGCCCAAAACGGACUGCAGGAGUGCAAGCAUCAGUUUGCGUGGGACAGGUGGAACUGCCCGGAGAGCACGUUUCACCUCUCAACUCACAGACGGCUCCGAAGUGCAACGAGAGAGACCUCGUUUGUCCACGCGAUAAGCGCAGCUGGUGUCAUGUAUACUUUAACCAGAAACUGCAGCCUUGGGGAUCUGGACAACUGCGGAUGCGACAAUUCAAGAAAUGGUAAAAUUGGGGGUCGUGGCUGGCUUUGGGGAGGUUGUAGCGAUAACGUGGACUUCGGAGACAGGAUCUCCAAGCAAUAUGUUGACGCAUUCGAGACUGGACAGGACGCCCGUGCUGCUGUUAAUCUUCAUAACAACGCAGCAGGCCGUCUGGCAGUAAAAGCGACUAUGAAGAGGAUUUGCCGCUGCCACGGCAUGUCGGAGAGCUGCGCGAUGCAAACGUGCUGGAUGCAGCUACCCGAGUUCCGUGAGGUGGGCAAUUAUCUGAAAGUAAAGCACGACCAAGCGCACAAACUUGAGCUGGACAAACGGCGCAUGCGCGCGGGAAACAGCGCCGACAACCGCGGCGGCGCUAUCGCGGACGCGUUCAGUAGUAUCGCGCGCUCCGAGCUUAUCUAUUUGGAGGAUUCCCCUGAUUACUGCGCGAAAAACUUGAGCCUUGGACUCCACGGAACGGAAGGCAGGGAGUGUUUGCAGAGUGGAAAGGAUCUGUCGCAGUGGGAAAAGCACAGCUGCAGAAGGCUGUGCCAUGAGUGCGGCCUGCGCGUCGAGGAGAUCCGCACCGAGAUAGUGAGCAGCUGCAACUGCAAGUUCCACUGGUGUUGCACGGUGAAGUGCGAGAACUGUACACAGGUUAUAGUUAAGUACGUUUGUGCACGGAGACAAAGUGGACAGGGACACAACAGACGCAGAAUUCGAGGACCAAAAUGACUGCGACAAUGUUUGGGGACUCAAUUACCACAGAUUUCCCUGCACUUCUCUAUAUUAUUUGUAGGUUACAG